AUGUCGACCACAAUGGAAUCGCCAGCACCACCAUACAGCCCGCAGACAAUGGGUCAAGAGCCCAAGCCAGCUCAAUACCAGUCGAGCCACUCAAUCCCAACAAUCAGCACAUCAAAUGUUCCGACACAUUCGGGACCACAGAUGAUGAUGGUCGAGAACAAGCCCGCGCCAGUAGCACCAACGACAACACCUCUGAAUCUCUUGCGCGAGCGCCCAGAGAAUGUCUGGUGUCCCACAAAGGGCGCAAUCGUCCAGACCCGGGCUGAGAGCAAGGAUUCUGACAAGACUUGGUUCGCCGUCAUUGGAAUAUGUCUAAUCUGUCCAUGCGCGGCAUGUUUUCCUCUUAAGGGGUGUUGCGGCGAUGGAAUGCUUCAAGACUGGGACCACUAUUGUAGUGGUUGCGGCAAGCAGAUCACACACCGACCGUACAACAAGGAACAGCAGAUCGUUGCGCCAGACCACGACACCUCCCCACAACCCGGCCGGCAACAGACGGGGUACCAGCAGCUACAGCAGCCGCAAUAUACUGGGCAAUAG